GUUGAAUGUUUCUGAUUGAUGAUUCCUCCAGGUUUCUGAAUGUGAAGCCCCAAAAUCACAUCAGCUCACUAAUCACUAGCCCUAAUUUUCAAUGCCGAUCACCAAACACAUCUAACCUCGCUCUGUGCUUCGAUGGUUGUGAGUUGUGACUGUGAACCCGUGACAUAUCCACUAUGAUCAUCCCAGAUUGGCCAUUUUUGAAAGCGCCAAGCACGUCCAACUUCUCCCCCGUGACCAUGAUCAUUGAUUUUCCCACUAAAUUCCUACUUUCCAACAUACCCAUCAAUUCGUCCUCUUUUAUUGCCUAUAAAUUCCCCAGCUUUACCCUUCCACUAUGACCACUCCUCCCAGGAAUCCUCAUUCCUCAUUCCUUCUCCCAAAAUCAACCUUCCUUCUUUUUUCCAUGGCUUCUCUUCUUUCUCUCUCCCUUCUCUCCCUCUUCCUCUUCCUUUCUCUCUCCUCCGCCGCUCGCCACCACCGCAAACCCCCCGCCACCUCCCCCUCCUCAUCCUCUACCGUUUUCGUCCAGAACGCCUGCAAGGCCACCCGCUUCCCUGAACAAUGCCAGUCUUCCCUCAAAAACGUCCCUUCCGACCCCACUCCAGUUCAAAUCCUCCAGUCCGCCAUGGCUGUGUCCUCGGAGAACCUCAAGACUGCGCAAUCCAUGGUCAAGUCCAUCCUCGACUCAUCCGCUUCCAGUAUCAACCGCACCACCGCUUGCAAGGUCUGCAUCGAUGUGCUCCGUUGCUCCGACUACCGCAUCGGUCUCGCCAAUGACGUGCUGCCGCGUGGCAGGCUCAAGGACGCUCGCGCGUGGAUGAGCGCCGCUGCUUACCAGUACGAUUGCUGGUCCGCUUUGAAGUACGCCAACGACACUCGCCAGGUCGGUGAGGCGAUGGCAUUCUUGGACUCCCUCACUAGGAUCACCAGUAACUCGUUGAGCAUGAUGGCGUCGUACGACAUCGUUGGAAAUGACACCGCGUCGUGGAGGCCACCCUUGACGGAACGUGACGGGUUCUGGGAAGGAUCCAGGUCGGGAUCCGGAUCGUUGGGUUUCAGGGGCGGGUUUCCAGCGAAAGUAAAGCCGGAUGUUACGGUGUGUAAGAAUGGAGGGAAUGGGUGUUACAAGACGGUGCAGGAGGCUGUUAACGCUGCUCCCGAUAACGCCGGCGACAAGAAAUUUGUGAUAUACAUAAAGGAAGGUGUUUAUGAAGAGACUGUUAGGGUUCCGUUGGAGAAGAAGAAUGUGGUGUUUUAUGGGGACGGAAUGGGGAAGACCGUCAUCACAGGGUCUGCUCAGGCGGAUCAACCCGGAAUGACGACCUACCUAUCAGCUACUGUUGCUGUUCUUGGUGAUGGAUUCAUGGCCAAGGCUCUGACAAUCCAGAACACAGCAGGCCCUGUUGCUCAUCAAGCAGUGGCCUUAAGAUCAGGCAGCGAUUUCUCUGUGUACGAGGAAUGCGAAUUCAUAGGCAAUCAGGACACCCUCUAUGCUCACUCCCUUCGCCAAUUUUACAAAUCAUGCCGCAUCCUGGGCAAUGUAGACUUCAUCUUUGGGAACUCAGCUUCCAUCUUCCAAGAUUGCCAGAUCCUGGUCCGGCCCCGGCAAGUGAAGCCGGAGAGCGGCGAGAACAAUGCCGUGACUGCACAUGGCAGAACAGACCCUGCUCAAACCACAGGCUUUGUUUUCCAGAACUGCUUGAUAAAUGGGACCAAGGAGUACAUGGAUUUGUACCGUAGCAAGCCUCAGAAGCACAAGAACUUCUUGGGGAGGCCAUGGAAGGAGUACUCAAGAACAGUGUUCAUUAACUCUUUCUUGGAAGCUCUGAUAUCACCCACGGGCUGGAUGCCAUGGGGCGGUGGCUUUGCACUGAAGACGCUAUACUAUGGAGAAUAUGCCAACACAGGACCUGGUUCUGAUUUGAGUCAGAGAGUACCCUGGAGCAGCAAGGUCCCACCAGAGCACGUGUCUGCUUAUUCAGUUCAGAAUUUCAUCCAAGGAGAUGAGUGGAUUGCAUCAUCUCUGAUUAGCUCGUUAGAUUUGUCAUAGAGACAUAGAAGGACUGAAGGAGGCAUCUCUCUGAAUGAAUUGCUUCGAUCUUGUUCUUGGCAUGACUUUUUUUUUUUAUAAAGAAAAUAAUGAUUAGUAAAAUAUAUAUUAACUGAUACAACUUAGUAUA